UUGUCCCCUCCACUUAACACAGUUCUUUUUUAGAGAUCUCUCUCUCUCUCACACACACACACAUUGAAAAACAGUCUCAAGUCCAAAAGGGGCACUACCACCACAUUGGCUUCUUUUGCUUUUUGCUUCUGUGCUUGCCAAGCAAUUGUCUAUGUCUGCUGCUGCUGCUCCCCCUUCAGAUAACUGCAAAUGGGGGAGGAAUCAUACUUUGAAUUUCUUGUUAUUAUUUGAUACCCUCUCUUUUCUUCUCAUCUUUUAGAUUAGCUUGUUUGGACUCCUUCUCCUCCUACUGUCCUUACAAAAACAUGGCUUUUCUUCCUCUUGUCUCUUUUCUGAAAAUCCCUCUUCUCUUCUUGCUUUAAAGCCACCACCUUUUAUGUAAUUUCAGGCCACAAUUUCAAGUCUUUCGUCAAAACUACCAGCUGGGAGCUCUGUGGAACACCAUAAACGAUUCUUGAUUGCUUCCCACCCCCAUUUUCAAUGUUUUCUUCCCUCUUUCUUUGGUUGUUUUAGUGCUUUUCUUCCUUGUGGUUGUGUAAUGCUAAAAUAAGUGAAUUGAUUGGUGAAAAAAUCUGAAAAAAAGGAAACCCUCUGGGCAAUUCAUGGAGAUUGAUCUGAAUCAUGCAGUUUGUGAGGUGGAGAACAGUAAUAAUGCAAGUGGCAAUGGAGAAGAAUGUGACAAGGGGGAAGUACCUGCUCCAUCAUCAUCAAUUUAUAUGGAGCUAUGGCAUGCCUGUGCUGGACCUCUAACCACUUUGCCCAGGAAAGGGAAUGUGGUGGUCUAUUUCCCUCAAGGCCACUUGGAACAGGCUGCUUCUGCCUCACCUUUUCCUCCCAUGGAGAUGCCCACUUUUGAUCUUCCUCCCCAGAUCUUUUGCAGGGUUGUGGAUGUUCAGCUACUUGCUAACAAGGAAAACGAUGAAGUCUACACUCAGCUGAGUCUGCUUCCUCUGUCAGAGCUGGUGGGCCUGAAAUUAGAAGGCAAAGAGAGUGAAAAUGCAGGCGCUGAUGAGGACGGAAACGGGGUUGUGCCUGCAAAGUCAACUUCCCACAUGUUCUGCAAAACUCUUACUGCUUCCGAUACGAGCACCCAUGGCGGAUUUUCCGUCCCCCGUAGGGCUGCCGAAGAUUGCUUUCCCCCUCUGGAUUAUAAAGAACAAAGGCCCUCCCAAGAACUCAUAGCCAAAGACCUGCAUGGAGUGGAGUGGAAAUUCAGACACAUUUACAGAGGCCAGCCGAGGCGACAUUUGCUCACUACUGGAUGGAGUAUCUUUGUCAGCCAAAAGAAUCUCGUAUCGGGGGAUGCAGUUCUCUUUUUGAGGGGAGAAGCUGGAGACCUGCGGCUGGGGAUCAGAAGAGCUGCUAGACCUAGAAAUGGUCUACCUGAUUCAAUCAUUAAAAAUCAAAAUUCUUAUCCCAAUGUCCUCUCUCCAGUAGCAAAUGCUUUAUCAAGCAAUAGCACUUUUCCUGUUUUCUACAGCCCAAGGGCAAGUCACGCCGACUUUAUCGUUCCCUACCAAAAGUAUGUGAAGUGUACCACCAGUCAGAUCCCUGUUGGGACGAGAUUCAAAAUGAGAUUUGACUUUGAUGAUUCUCCCGAAAGAAGGUUCAGUGGAGUGGUAACUGGAGUUGGCGAUAUGGAUCCUUAUAGGUGGCCGAACUCAAAAUGGCGAUGCCUGAUGGUCCGCUGGAAUGAAGACAUCAUGAGCAACCACCAAGAACGAGUUUCUCCAUGGGACAUUGAUUUCUCAGGUAAUUACGCGCCUCUGAGCAUCCAGUCUUCACCUAGAAUGAAGAAACUGAGGUCAAAUCUGCAAGUUCCCCCACAUGACAGCCCUGUUGCUGGAGGGGCUGCACUUUUGGACUUCGAGGAGUCCGUAAGAUCAUCUAAGGUCUUGCAAGGUCAAGAAAAUGUAGGUUUAGCACCACCUCUCUAUAGAAGUGAUCGGAUAAACCGCCAGCUGGAUUUUGAAACGCGACCCCCGCCGCCUAAUCCUGUACCAAACAGGAUGGAAAAGAUUAACUAUGGUGAGUUUGUGAGAAACCAGGGUUCCGCCACUUUCACGGGCUUUCUGGAAUCCAAUUGGUUUCCUAAGGUCUUGCAAGGUCAAGAAAUUUGCUCGUUGCGAUCUCUAGCUGGGAAAACCGAUUCGAGUCUUGGUGCAUGGUCCAAACCCAGUCUUGGUUACAAUCUUCACAACAUGCAUCAACGGCCUACUCCAAGCUUCUAUCCUCUAGCUUCGGAAGGUGCUCGAAACAUGCCUAUUCCACACAAUGGCAUCUAUAGAGUGGGACAGGGCCCGUCAGUGUUAUCCAACUUUUCUAACUUCCGAAUGGGAAAUCAUGCGUUAACCCCAACUUCUAUUCUGAGUGGGGCUGCAGCCGAUAUAGGUCGAGCGCCACAUCUCACAAUUGAACCAAGGGCACAGGAGAAGACAUCGGCACCCACAACUUCAACUAUGCAUUUUAAAAAUAUGAACAACGAUGACAACUUAAAGGAGAAAGUUCCCAUCUGUAAGAUAUUCGGGUUUUCAUUGACCGAAGAUCCUACUAAUCUUAGUCUGCAGGGUCCUAGUAAGAGGAGCUGUACAAAGGUUCAUAAACAAGGCAGCUUGGUGGGGAGAGCCAUUGAUCUCUCGAGACUGCAUGGUUAUGAUGACCUGCUAGUCGAACUGGAAAGGUUGUUUAGCAUGGAAGGCCUUUUGCGUGAUCCAAACAAUGGGUGGCGCAUAUUAUAUACUGACAGUGAGAAUGACAUGAUGGUAGUUGGAGACGACCCGUGGCACGAGUUUGUUGAAGUGGUCACUAAGAUUCACAUAUACACGCAAGAAGAAGUGGAGAAGCUGACCAUCGGAAUAAACAGUGAUGACACUAAAAGCUGUUUGGAAGAAGCACCACCGGCACCUGAUGUAUCGAAGUCGUCUUCUGUUGGGCAGCCUGACUCUUCUCCAACCGUGAUCAGGAUGUGAAGCUUCAGGUUUUUCGAUUGUCAUGCCGGCUGUACUGUACCGUUCAUGUGCUACUAAAUAAAGUUUUGCUAUGUGUUUGUUGUGUUCUGGUUGCUAUCUACAUUACCGCACUCGUUGCUCAAGACUGUAAUAUUGGAGAAUCAUGUGAACUUGUUAUGUUUUAAAAUAAUGUCAGAGUACUGGUAGUACUAUUAA